UCGUGCGUGGUUGCAAAUCACAAUUCACAAUCAGCCAUCCAAAAACUCCAAAACGCAGAGAAAGCGAGGGGUAAUUGAUCUGAUUGAUACCAUAACAUUACCGACCCAUGCAAUUCAUUUCAUAAUCAUGGCUUCUUCUACCACAGUGGGCACCACCAUCGGCUUCUCACCGCCCUCGUCUGGUUCUGCUCUUUCAGUUUCUUGCAUUCUCUCUUCGGCCAGGAGAUUAAGAUUCCCGACCGCCAUUCUGUCUCGUGUUAGCCUUCAAAAACAAGCAUCUGGAAGGAGAGCCAGACCUGUAAUUUCUCUCAAAAUGGCUGCUGAAGCUGUUCAGGAAGUUCUUCCUCCAGCCCUCACUUCGGCUUCAGAACCGCCUCCUCUCUUUGAUGGAACAACGAGGCUUUAUAUAUCUUAUACAUGCCCUUAUGCGCAGCGUGUGUGGAUUACCCGGAACUGUAAGGGUUUGCAGAAUAAGAUACAGUUAGUUCCAAUUGAUCUACAAGAUAGGCCACUUUGGUACAAGGAGAAAGUUUACCCACCUAACAAGGUACCAGCUCUCGAACAUAACAAGGAAGUCAAAGGAGAGAGUCUUGACUUGAUUAAAUAUAUUGACAGCAAUUUUGUGGGGCCUUCAUUAUUUCCUGAUGAUCCAGGAAAGAGAGAGUUCGCUGAAGAGUUGAUUAACUACAUUGACUCUUUCAGGGGAUCUGUGGUUUCUUCAUUUAAAGGGGAUGGAAGUGAAGCUGAUGCAGCGUUUAACAACAUCGAAACAGCUCUUUUGAAAUAUGACGACGGCCCAUUUUUUCUAGGCCAAUUUAGUCUGGUGGAUAUAGCUUAUGCUCCAUUUAUUGAAAGGUUUCAGCCGUUCUUAUUGGAAGUAAAGGCAUAUGACAUCACUGUUGGUAGACCAAAAUUGUCGGUUUGGAUCGAGGAGAUGAACAAGAUCGAGGCUUACCGACAAACGAAGAGCGACCCACAGGAGCUUGUUGAUAGCUAUAAGAAGCGGUUCUUGGCCCGUAUGUGAAAGCCGAUAGCAGCAGAGGCCCCCAUGGCGCCGAACAGUGUGCUGUGCACGUGCAUAGUUGCUUCUUUGUAAUAAGAUAACUUUUUGUGCAGUACUUCACAAAAGAAAAUGCAAAUUUUUUUUUUGUUCUACAGGGAUAUGAACUGUCUACGUCAACAUCGUGAAAAUGAUGUUGGGUUUACCAAUACUAAAAAGUUAAUGUAUAAAAGUAGAGUGUGAAUAAAUUGAGUAUGGUAGUUCCGUGGUAA